AGGGAAAUUUACACCCUAUACUGUUUUUUCCCAAUUUAUAACUUUUUUACUGUUGCACGGCAUUUUCAACAUUUAUACUUUUUUUUUUUUUUUUUUUUUGGCAGUUUACUGCCUUUAAAACUUUAGCCGCUUGAUGUGAGUGGUGUUUGUUUUCAUUGCCACUUGUCACGAUAGGGUUUUGCCACGUUUUUUUUUCUUUUUUAUAAAAAAAAAGUAAUUGUUUUGAUUUUGACGGUUAUGUGUUAUGAUGAAAAAGUGUUGUAUUUAUGUAUUUUUCUUUUAUUUUUUUCAUAUUAUUUUCGAAUCUAAAUUUUGUAAUUGGUAUUCUCUCUCAUUUCAACUGUUCAUCUUCUUCCCCAUUUUCCAGUUUGCUUAGACGGUUGUAAUAGUGGGUAGUUUUUUCAUUUUAAAAAUUUUCAAAUCCCAUCCCACUAUCUUAAACUUCCCUCUCAUUUUCCCUCCCAUUUUUAUUAUUUUUGUCUAUAAAUACCUUCAUAGUUCUUCAUAAUGGCCGUUACUCGUUCAUCACCAUCUCCGGCCAAAGUUACAAAACCCAGAAAACAAUCCCAGAAAACCAGACCCAAAUCAAAAAUGGGUAAAAAAAAUCUGAAAGAGAACCCUCCUAGCCCCACUUCCCCUUCUGUUAAGAGAAAAACCAUUGCUGGACCUUCGAAGAACACUAGAGGAAAAAGACCUCGAACUGUUGUUGAAAAUUCAGACUCAGAUUUUGAGUUGGAUUCUGAAUUUCUUAAGUCGCCUGUUUCUGUUAAGGGCAAGGGUAAAUCCCCUGUGAAGGUGUUGCCAUCAUCAGGUGUUUCUGAAGAAAUUCCUGUUAAUAGGACGGUUGAGGAUUGGGAAUGCAAGUACACUCGAUCUCAAUUUUAUCAUUCUAGAGUAGUAACAUCUGGUUAUUACUCUGUUCUUGGUGACAUUAAGAGAAUUUUAACUGAAAGGCAAUUGGAAAUUUUUUCAAAAUCUGUGUUUGGUUAUUUUCUUCGAAUUCCUGAGUACAUAAUUCAUUACCAAUUGCUGCAUUGUUUGCUGUUGAGGGAGGUUCAGCAGCCUAAUGGGUUGGAGUUUUGGGUUUGUGUCCAAGGGAAAUACCUUAGGUUUAGUAUUGAAGAGUUUGCGUUGGUCACGGGGUUAGAUUGUCAUGUUGAUUCUGAUUUUUAUAAGUUUAAGCAAGAUGAUAAUGAAUUGGUCAAAUCUUGUUUUAAGGGGUACAAAAAAAUUACCAAGGCUGCUAUUCAGACUGCUUUUAUUGCUGACAAUCUUAAGGAUAACGACGAUCUUGCAGUGAAGUUGGCUGUAUUGUAUUUUGUGCAGUGUUAUUUGUUAGGUGGUCCCCCGGGUAAAGUUGUUUCGUUUGAGGAAAUAGAUGUUGUGGAUAGUGGUCGAUAUAAUGAAUUUGGGUGGGGCAAGCAUUGUUUUGAUAUCACUAUGCAUUCUUUGAAGGGUAAGAUAGAUUCUGGUUAUAAGAGGGUAGUUCGUAGUGACGAGGAUGGUGGGUAUUACAGGUUAUUGGGUUUUCCUUUGGCUAUUCAAUUCUGGUUUUUCGAGUGUUGCCCGUAUGUUAUUGGGAAACUAUCCUUGUACUCAAAUGUUGGCAUUCCAAGGAUCUUGAAUUGGCCUAAAUUACCCAAGGACAAGGAGGGUAUGGUGAAAAUGGAUGUCAUGAACACCCUCAUUUUCGAUCGGUCUUUGAAAGAGUUAAAAUUAAGAAACCUCACUCCAACUUCCGUUGAGAGAUUGAGUUUGAGCCUCACUGAUUUUUUCUCUGGUGAGACUACUCCCGAGGCUGUGAAAUUCAAAAUUAAAGGUGGUUCCAAGCCUGCUGGUCAACCUGGCUUGAUGGGUUCUUCUUCAUCAACUGCUCAUGAGAAUGUCUCCCGAGUUGAGUUUGAGGAAUUUAAAAAGUGUUUAUCUGUUGUUGUCAGCCAGCAAGGGAUUCUUAUGAAAUCUGUUGCUGAGAUGAACAAGAAGCUGGACAUUCUUAUUGAGUCAUCCCAAGGUGGUCCCACUCACAAUGGAUCUCAGUCUGAAGAUGCUCUUCGUACUUCAGAAAAUGAGGAUGAUGAAGAUUCCACUUCGGAGGAAGACGAGGAUGAUAAAUUCGACGAUGACAAAGGAGAUGAUCAUCAUGACGAUGAAACUGAUGAUGAUGAUGAUGAUGCAGGUGGAGAUGGUGUUGGUGCUGGUCAGGAUGAGGCUCACACGGGCGAUGUUCGUAACGAUGAGGGUGUUGUUGUCCCCGCGGUUGUUUCGAGGGAUGAUGAUACCGGCAAGGUCGAUGAUGCCAAGAAUUCUGAAACUGUGGAACCUAUUGCAGAGAUCAAACAGCCUGACCAGUCUCAAGGUGGGGAGGAGAACAUUGAUGUUGAUGCAACAAUUGCAUCUGCUGUUAAAGCUGUGGAGAAUUUGAUUGGUUCCUCAACUCAUGCCCCUGCUCCUGUUGACACUUCUGAGAAGACUAAUCUUGAAAUGGUUGUUUUUCAAGAGACUCCUAUUUUACGUCCUCAAAAGAGGGAUCGGAAGAAAGGAGCUGUUUUGAAAUCCCCAUUCAUUGAGCUUGCUUCUGGUGCAUCUAAAUCAGGUUCAUCCUCGGUUUCUCCUGAUGAUUCUGUGUAUAAGGUCGUUAAAUAUGUGCGUGGUUUGUGCCCGUUGGACAACAAGAUUGGUGAACCUGUUGAUCCGCAAUUGGAAGCUGAUUUUGUCAAGUGGGUUGAUUCAGGUCUUAGAAAGCACAAAUCUAACACAACAACGAAUGUGUAUUGUAAGGGUAAGGACACUAUAUUUCCGCCAUUUCGUUUUGGUGUUGAGGACAUCAGCAACAAGAUGUGGUUUCACAACCUUGCCUACCCUAAUUGUUUCCUUACCAAUUCUCACAUUGACAUCAUUUUCUAUUAUCUUCGUAAGAAAAUAAUGUACUCAGCCGAGCCGAAAAUCAAAGUCACCACAACUGAUUGCCUCUUUUGUUCUAGCAUAACAACUUUGUAUGAGAGGUUUGUUGAGAAAAACAACGAUAUAUCGGUGUUGUCUCUUUCUCACAAUGUGGCCCAGUACAUUCAAGGUGGUAAGAUAUUAUGUGCCACUCCUUGGCAUUUGGUUGAUCAUGUUGUUAUGCCUAUCAAUGUAAAAUUACAGGAUCAUUGGAUUUGUGGUCGUCUUAACAUAGUUGACAGGCGCAUAUAUCUGUACAAUUCAUUGCGUUCUGGGAGGUAUAUGACUGCUGCCAAAGAGGCUUGCAAGCCUUUCUCUGUUAUUUUACCAUAUUACUUCUCUAUGUUAGACUUCAAAGGCCUUCGCAACGAAACUAAGUUUAGCACUAUGGAACCGUUCCCUAUUGUUGCUGUUGAUGGUUUACCCGAGCAGGUCACAGCUGAUUGUGGUGUUUUUGUUGCAUCAUUUGCUGAGUAUUUCAUUGAUGGCAAACCCAUCCCAUCCUCUGAUUUUGAUGUGGAAAUUCACCGCGAUCGUUUGGCUGCGUUAUUUUAUCAGUAUGGGAUGAAGAAGCAAACUGAGAACAUUGAAAGUGAAUCCGAGGCCCCUCCCAGCCUUCCCAAGAAGUGAUUUGCUUUUUCAAUCAGACUGUUAUUGUUCUUAUAGUUUUUUAAUGUUGUUUUAAUGUUUUUCUUGUUGUUUUUCGUAAACAAACAUUGGUGUUCUGUUGUUUUUCCUUACGCUUUGUGUGGACAAUAUGUAAUCUUUUAUUUUUGUAUGUUUUUUCUUAUUAUUUUUAUGUACAAACAAGUUGGUAUGUUAAAGUUGUUUGUUUUUUCA